CUGUUUUAAACAGGACUAAUAGAUGUUGUAUUUGAUCAUCGCUUCAAAUCUUCUUACUGUACUUUAUAUUCUCCACCAUGCACUCGACAUUACGCUACUGCCCGCACCCUGACAUCAAAAGCAAAUUUGUUCUUGCAUCAAACAAAAGACUGAAUUGAUGAGGAAUGCGUCAUAAAAAUUGCAGCAAAUUAAAACCUUUCCGUGGUUUACCUUUGUACUCAACUUGGUGUGACAGAGGAGGGGAAGUUUAUUGAAAAAAGUUGGAGACUACGAGGUCUCCUGGUGAAAUUGGCAGCCAAUGGGAAGACGUAGGGUCGCAGAUUUCGCCGCGGGCGAUGGUGCUCAGCCUCCCCGGAAUCUCGCCCUGCGCCACCAAUCAGUCCGCAACCUUGCUCGGCGCACCAAAACGUCGCCUUCUCUGCUUCUAACCCCAGUUGCCUGGAUAGCAAUAGGAAACGAGUAUGGGAUUAUCUUUGUUUCAGGAAUCAAGGAAUAAACAGGAGAGACUCUUGGAGAAGCUGUAUAUUUUAACGUUUGUCACCAUUCAGACUACAAUUUGGUCUCCAGUGUUAUGUUCUGUAGAACAGAAAUUCAACUAUAAUGGCCUGGAUGGUAACACUGUGUGUCCCAAUAUUAGGAUUGGCCAAGAUGAUUUACCAGGAUUUGACCUCAUCACCCAAUUCCAAUUGGAUUCUGUUCCACUGCAGGGUGUGAACAGAGUGGAAGGUUCCACCCCACUGCAGAUUGCCUUCAGGCUCGACGGAGAGGCAAACUUUGAAAUUCCAACAAGAAUAAUUUACCCACGAGGGCUGCCUGAAGAAUAUUCCUUUGUCACCACCUUCAGGAUGGUGAAAAACACGGUCAACAAAGUGUGGAAUGUGUGGCAGAUUAUGGAUGAAAAUGGCAAUGAGCAAGUUGGUCUGAGGCUGAAUGGAAACACUCAGUCCGUGGAGUUUUACUUCGUCGGUUCGGAUGAUAGCUUGCAAUCUGCCAAGUUUCAAGGAGUUGCGCAGAUUUUUGAUACUGACUGGCAUAAGAUCCUGGUGGGUGUGGAGAAGGAGACAGUCAGUUUAUUUGUGGACUGCCAUCGUGUAGCAUCCCAACACAUCAAACCAAAGGGCACCGUUAAUGUCGACGGUGAUACUCUGAUUGGCCGACUGGAUGCAAACCCUCAAGUAUCUGUGGUGUUUGAAUUGCAGUGGAUGUUGAUUCACUGUGACCCACAACGAGCACAUCGUGAAUCCUGUACCGAGUUAUCCAUACAGCAGCCUGAUUUUGGUUUCAGAGGUCCAAGGCCUGAUUAUGAAAAACCAAGCGUGAUUGGUCCAAUGGGUCCUCCAGGUCCUGCUGGACCACCAGGUUCUCCUGGUUUACCAGGCCCUUCAGGAUCUCCAAGGAUUGCAGGAUCACAUGGGCUGGAUGGGAAAGAUGGAGCUGAUGGAGGAAUGGGCCUUCCUGGUCAGCCGGGUCUUCCAGGUCAGAAAGGGGAGUGUGGUGAUCCAGGGCUCACAGGACCACCUGGAAAAGCUGGCUUUCCAGGGAUUAAUGGAUGGCCUGGUCCAAUUGGGCCAAUGGGACCAGAAGGCCGAGUGGGUCCUCCUGGUGUUCCAGGCCCAGAAGGUCCACCAGAUGUAUCAAAAAUUGGAAACCCGGGACCACCUGGUGAAAAUGGUCUUGAUGGGGAACCUGGACUGCCUGGACCACCUGGUGAACCUGGAGCAAAAGGAGCACCUGGCUUGCCUGGACCUCCAGGGCCUAUGGGACCACCAGGUACAGCUGGAGAUGGAAGUGGAGAGGUUGUGUGUACAGUAUCAUGUCCUGCAGGUCCUCCUGGACCUCCCGGGCUACCAGGAUUUAAGGGACAGAAAGGCCAAAAAGGUGUUGCUGGAGCAGUGGGCAAGGAGGGUCUGAAGGGCGAUCGUGGUUCCCUUGGGCCACAAGGUAUCAGAGGGCUCCCUGGAUCUGAGGGUUCUCGUGGCCCUAGAGGUUUUCCUGGUGCAUCAGGAAAUAAAGGGAGCAAAGGAACUCCAGGAUUUAAUGGCUUGCAGGGGCCUGCAGGCCCACCUGGACCUACUGGCCCUGAAGGUGCACAAGGUAGACUCGGAGAACCAGGCAUCAAUGGCGCCAAAGGUCCAGAGGGACCUCGAGGACCCCAUGGUGCUCCAGGACCUAAAGGCGAACCUGGUGCUCCUGGGCCUACUGGACGAGAUGGGACUCCUGGAGCAGAAGGCAUAAAGGGUGAAGCUGGAAUACCAGGCCAAAUGGGGGAAGCUGGAGUUCGUGGUUUACCUGGUUUACAUGGAUCACCAGGACCAAAAGGAACCUUUGGGGAAAAGGGUGAUAUUGGUGAGAUGGGACUGAUGGGUCUUCCUGGAAUCCCAGGAGAGCCUGGUAACCCAGGACCACCAGGACAAAGAGGACCUCAAGGUCCACAUGGCCCUCCUGGAAUUUCUGGAGAGCCAGGACUCAUUGGACAUCCUGGUUUACCAGGUUCUAGUGGAAUGAAAGGUGACUGUGGUCAUCCAGGGUUUCCGGGCCCUCAUGGGUUUCCUGGACGGAGUGGUGAUAAGGGAUCUUCUGGUAUUCCUGGUCUUAAAGGAAGUGAGGGAAAGCAAGGUCUGAAAGGUAAAGCUGGACAAAAGGGUGAGCAGGGGAUUCCUGGUCUUCAAGGCAAGAAAGGAGAGGCUGGAAUUUCUGGUGGAAAUGGACCUUCUGGACCACAAGGGCCUCCUGGAUGGCCUGGUCUUCAGGGACCACCAGGACCAGUUGGUCCUCGAGGAAUGGAAGGAGUACAAGGAGCUCCUGGGCUAACAGGUUCACCAGGUAAACAGGGCAAAGAUGCAAGUGAGCACUGGAUCAGGGAGGUUUGCAUGAGCAUAAUUCAAGAGCAAAUGCCUCAGCUGUCUGCUAGUUUAAGACUACCAGUUAUGCCAGGAGAACCAGGCCGGCCUGGAUCACCUGGACCUCCAGGACCAGCUGGACCUCCAGGAGAAGCAGGGCAUCCAGGUCCUGUAGGCCCAAAAGGUGUCAAAGGACACCAAGGUUACCCUGGUGAACCAGGAUCAAAAGGGCAGCAGGGUGAAAAAGGUAUCGGACUUCGUGGACCACAAGGGGCGCCUGGUGUUGAUGGUAUGCCUGGUAUUGGAAAGGAUGGCCGUGAUGGUGCCCGUGGUGAAACUGGCCUCCCAGGUGAACAGGGACAUUCUGGUCCACCUGGUCUAAGAGGCUUUCCUGGUAUCUGUGAUGCUUCUUCAUGCAUCGGUCCACCUCAUCUCUACAUGGGAAUGGGGAUUGGCAAGAAAUCUUUGAGCAUGAAAAGGCUAUCCAAAUAACAGAAAACAGAUUAUAAUGUGUUAACUUUUGCUCAUCCAAAUGUAUCAAGAGUUUAAUUAAAACCUAGAUAUUUAAAAAAAACUGUCUUGAUUCCUGGAAUUUUAUAUUGUAUUGAACGAGUAGUUUCACUUUCUU